CCCCCAAUGUUGACUCCCUUCUACGACAGCAUCAAACAAUUUGCGGGAGUCAGGAUUAAUAUCAAUCGAUUGGUACGACACCUCAUGAUGGAAUAAUCUUCUCCUUCAGCUGCAUCCAACAGCCACCCUAAAACUAAAGCCUGGACGGAAUUCCGGAAGACAAGGCCACAUCCUACACAAAACAUAUGGCAUCGUUUGGUUCACAACAAGGUUCCAGUCAAGCCGUUCCCAAAUGUUUGGCCGCCAAAUGUUUACCUCAGCCCUAUGUCGUGAGUCCAUUAUGUCAUCAAUCCGCUAAUCAGCGAUUGUAACUUAAUACACAUAACCAACCACAGCAAUCGCAUCUACUACUGUACGAAGCAAUACAAUUGUAGUUACUCCGGAUUGCAAUUCUAAAACAUAUGAAUAGCUUCAAUUAUCAAUCAAUAAACAUUAUCUUUAUUUUACCCAAAGAAAUUAAUCAUGUUGGUCAAGGCAGACCUAACCCUUCUGACUUGGUCCUAUAAGAUUGACCAUACCUUACGUGCAAAGCUCAAUCUAGAUCACAAUAUUUUGACUGGCAGUGCAAAAAGUUGGCGCGAUAUAAAAUGUGUUGUUCGUGACUAUCUCGAUUGCUCUGAGGUGUGGGAAGACCAACCGCAGCAAUUCGUUUUGCUAUUGCAGAAAUCACUGAAAGCAAUCAUUACAUAUCUAAGCAAGCAACCUACUAAUAAUGUUCAAACAAAUGAACUUCUUUUGAAGGAAUACUGCUCAAAUCUAGAUACCUUUUACCAUAAUCCACGGAUCAUUAAUGCUGUUAAGAAACUGUACCAAACAUUGGAGCUAAAAAAACGCGAUGAAGAUAACCUACAACAAGCACAUAUUCAAUCCAGUGCCACAGCUUCGGCCAUGGUCAUUGAGAAAAGCCGUAUGAUGGAAAUUACCUCCAAAAAGAGGUUGUUUGAUGAGGUUGAGGACGAGAGCGGCGAUGUAGAAGAAGAAAGUUCCUGUCUCUUGAAUCAACAGUACGAACAAUCUUUGUUUGAUUCGGAGGAUCCGUUUAAUCCCAACCCCACUGUUUCAAAGGUAUCAUCAACUUUUCAAUACUCUUUUGUCAGGAGUGGCAAAAGGUUUGAUUUUCACACCCCGUCCAAAAACCUUAUAUCACCAAAGAAGCCCGCCCUUAAUCAAGAAGAUCAUGGCUGCCUAAGUGAUCUGUUCGAUAUACGUCUGUCUACAGAUACAAUAACAAGUUGUCACCCCGAAACUCAAGAAACAUACAAUACCUAUCGUAACGAGCAGUAUGGUAAUACUUACCUCAAGUCUCACGAAGGUGCGAUUGCUUUUGAUAUACCCCGAUUUUUCAUUAUUGUGUCUACGGCUAGACUUCUCUUUAUGAUGAAGAUAUCCCCAUUACCCGCUGUAGGCAUUUAUCAUGACUGGAAUUUAAAGCGGUUCGUGGUGCGAAAAACAGUUGUUGGAUUAAGACAUGUCGAACUGCUGUUAAAAGACUUUCGUGCUUCCGGAAUCACUAGGAAGCUUCAUGAUGGUUUUCUAACGAACGAAGCCGAAACCAUUGCAAUCAUACUAGAAUCAUCUGGUGCCGAAGCUACACCUCAUGUUGUAGAUGACACGUACAAACAGUUGAAAAGCUCCUCUGAUUUUUUAAAGUACAUCAUUACAAAGUAUAAGAUGGGCUCAGUGACGACAUUAAAGAAGGUACAAGUUCCAUGCGUUUCCAUCGUUGAGAAUUGCCUCACGCUUUGUUUGACCACCAUUCUUAACUCGGAGAAAUGGACUUUUGUGGAAGCCAGAUCAUGUAUCAUUCCCACUAACACUGCCGAAAAAAAAAACAAUGGGCCAAACUCUUUGAGUCACCCAUGUUUGCAGGGCAAUCCCUGCUAUUUACAGUCAGAUCACAUCUAUUUACUUUCUCGCUUUUUUAAAGCACAUCGUGAAGAGGUCACUUCUGGAGAUCGACCGAUUGGAAGAUGA